UUGAUGCCGUGCGAGUUGCCUGGCUGUGUGGACAACUCAUGCAAGCAGUCUUCUUCGGCUCGACCACACACACAAAAGGUAUUGGACUGCAAUUCCCUUCUCGUCUAAAAGCCAGCACGCAGAGUGAAUGCGUUAAACCACCUGCGCAGCUCACGAGAGGUGUCGCGUAGCCCACGGAAUGCUCGCCGCACUCGUACUGCCUGUACUGGUGCUGGGUUGGACCAUGGCGGAUGCACCUGGUGCCAAGGUGGACGCUGCCAAGAAGCCAUGGUUCUGUCAUGAUUUGGAUUGUCCUACAUUCACUCUGGUGGCUGAGCAUGAAGGCUUCCAGGAGAGGGCGUAUGAGGCCAGCCAAUGGGUGAUGACCAGAGUGGAGGGCAAGGCGUACGAGCGAGCGGUUUUCGAUGGGUUCAUGCGUCUCUUCCGUUACAUCGGUGGCUACAACAAAGGAGGCGUGCGUGUGCCCAUGACGGCUCCCGUGCUGUGCCAAGUGACGCCAAAAGGCGCGCGGGCGGAGCACAACCUCACCGUGUCGUUCUUCGUGCCGCCCGGCUCCCGGGAGCCACCGGCGCCCUCCGACCCCCGCGUCGAAUUCACCUCCCUGCCUGCGAUGACCGCAUUCGUCAGCUCCUUCGAUGGCUAUGCAGCGGAGAGAGACUGGCUGCAUCAAUCCCAGCUGCUGGCGAAAGCCUUGGACGAUGCCAAGCUUCCGUACCAGCUUGGGUCGUUCCACUCUGCGGGCUACGAUCCGCCGUUCCGCCCAAUUAACCGUCACAAUGAGGUUUGGAUCAUGAAGGCUGAGUGAGGGGGGCGAGGCACCGCUUUUUAAAAAUGCCCCCGUGAGGCGGUGUGCCACUUUACUCGCUUGGUGAUCGUCUCACAUCGCAGCGCUUUACACUAAAAUUGCUGCCCCUCAACCCCCAGUCCUCUUGGCAUCCUCAAAAGUUCAGCGUUUAAUUUUAGCUACGUUUAACUUGCAGACCCGCACCUCCAAUUAGCACGGUGCGAAAGACGUUCAACAUACAUACAUACGUACAGACCAAGCACUAUGAAUUCGGAAGUUAUAUGCAGUAAAUUUUUGUACAGUAUUUUGAACUUCUUUCGCACUGUACACAGCCAACUGCGCUAAUCGGAGGUGCGGGGGAAGGACAACAAACUAAACAAAAAAAGCAGUUCUAUAGAAAUGAGUUUUCAAUCUAGAUUUAGAAGUGCAUAGCUCCGGUGGCUUCCUAAUAUCGGAAGGAAAAACAUUCCAGACGGCCGCAGAAGCACGCAAUGCCACAUCUUUAUUCGAUGGCAAGCCAAAAGCCGCUGCAAAUGCAUCUGCAUUUGGCCUACUGUGUUUUUCUUCGGUUAUACCCAGUGGCAGUGGGUCAUUAAAUGUUGGUGGGGAUGGGAACCACUAGUGGAAUAUUAAUAAUAAAAAUUAAAACCUUGAACACUUUUGACCUGCUCAUUAUAAAGAUUUUAAACUGCAUAACCACGCGUGCUCCUCUUCUACCCUCACUCCCCAUUCUGCCUCCCACCCUCUCCCCCAACCCCUACAGAUUUCUGUGCCCCACCAAUAUAUUUUUCCCCUGGCUGCCAUUAAUUUUAACCCGAUUUGUGUGAUCUCAGUGGAUUGUGAAACCCAUUGCAGAAGUUGUGUCACGAGGAUAAAUGGAUGCUGUGAGAGACACGCAACACAACUUGCUUAUUCUUUCUCUUUAAAAGGGCUCCCUCGCCAUGACCAGAAGGCAGCAUUGCCUUCACUGUGCAAUUUAAUAGCUCGUUUCCUAUCUUUGAACGAUUUCAUAUAAUAUUUACAUCUGGGAUAAGCUCAGAUGCAGCAUCAAAUUACCAAGACCUCAUGUGAUGAUUCAUUCACCGAGUCAGGCUGACUCAUCACACUCUGUAGCCGUGAGACGCCUAGUUUUUUUUUUAUCUCAUAUGCUCACCUGGGGUUUACUUAUUUUGGCUCUUUGAGGUUCCUGAUUGAAUGCUCAGAUGUAGCUGUUUUGAGUUCUCUGAUGUUGCGAGACAUUUUUUCCCCACGGGUAGACAUUUGCUAGACGAGAAAAUAUAAACUUUUGUGGGAAGUUGCGGUGACUCAAAUUGAGAAAUAUUUGACGUUAUGUAAAACACUACCAUUGAACUCUGUCUCAAUUCAAGGCAUAUUGUUAUUUUUAGGCGUAUGUUUUUCGUCAGUUAUUUUUGUCACGUAUGACAAAAUUAACUGACAAAAUGAAUAAAUAUUAAAUAUUCUUAAGGAAGGAAUAUAACCAAGUAUUUAGAAUGCACUAAGCAACAACAUUAAAGUAAUUCAGUGCUGAGGUCAUAAGGCCACUCGGAAAGGUUACGCGGGUGCAUGCUUGCCGGGUAGUAUGACGAUGGAGCCUUUUUUUGAGAAUGUCAUUACUUUAGUAUGUGCACGAUGCAAUUUACCCUCUUUCCUAGCAGGCACGUUUUGCAUAGGUUAUCGGGACAAUAUAUAGUCUUCUGGUAAUUGAGCAACGCAUGCUGGUGUGCUUUCACAUAUUUUAUUAAAACAUUGUGCAGCCUAAAGUAGCAGGCAUGCCAUUUUGUCAUCUUUCCACGUAAUUGCGUUUUAAUUUGAACGAUAUACCAUGGAAAUAUUGUAGUGCAGAAAUGUUAACCUUGCAGAAAUAUACCAUGGGGAUAUUAAUGUUGACUUAAAGAUUUCGUGACUUGCAUGAAUUAAUAUUCUUCGGUCUUUCGGUAAAGUCACGUAGAUAGGUUCAAAGAAAAUAACAAAAAAUAACAAAAAACUACGACGUUUCGAUCGCAACGCAAGCACUCGUCUUCAGGAAGACGUCGUAGUUUUUUGUUAUUUUCUGUUAUUUUCUUUGAACCUAUCUACGUGACUUUACCGAAAGACCCAGGAAUAUUAAUGUUUCGUUGUACUGAACGCUACCAGCAGAUUCGCUAUUGCGCGCGUUCAUACGGAUUGAAUCUAAAUCUGUCAGUGUAUGAAAUAAAAAAUUGAUAACGCAGAAUUCUUGAA